CAAGGUCAUAACAAUUGGCGACGGGGUGGAGAAAAGUUUUGAACCCUCAACUUCAAGUCAUAACAAUUGGCGACGGGGAUUUUGGCAACAAACAAAUAAUAAUAAUACAAGUGGUGACUCAGAUUUUGGAAAUAAAUUAGCUGUAAAUUGCCGGUGAUUUUUGGAGCUAAUAUUAUUGGCAAAAAAAAUGUCGAUUUCUUUCGAAGAGUUGCGGUUAAUAUUACAGCACCAGCAGAAGAUGUUGGCCUUCCAACAACAGCUAUUUGUAACAGUUUUGGGCAGACUUUGCAUUCAAGCAGAAAAUAAGAAAUCUAUAUAUCAUGCAGAUAAUGGUGCAGUAAUGGACAUUUCAGAAGCAUAUCCUGUGCAGGGUUCAAAUCCCUCUAUACCAGAAGGAAAACGUAAUAUUGGUAACGUGUCCAGCUCAGAGCAAGGAAAUAUUGUGCUAAAUACACAUGAUGAUCAGGAGCCAGAUCCUGUAGGUGAUGCCCAGAGUCCAGAAUCAAAUGAAACACUACUGGUACUGUCUAGCUGCGAAAAUAAACGUCAGCUCGAACAAAAUUGUGGUCCACGUGCUAUUAGUCGAGAAAGCUAUGGUGACUCGUAUUCAGAAAAUAACUGGAGCAACACGAUGAACCAAAUUGCACCAGAUGUUACUCAAAAUCACCGGAAGACAGAAUUCUAUAUCGAGUCAACUUAUCCCAUUUCUAAUGACAGUGUACCAGAUAUUGAUUCUCAGAAUAAUGCAUGUGAUUUUGAUGAAACUUCUUAUAACAAUGAGGGAAAUAUGUCAGCUGAGUCGAAUGAUGGCCAAAAAUCUCAUUUGAUUCUUUUAGACGUUGACUUUCUUAAUGACUCGUUAUCUGCUAACGAGAUUCAUAAUGAAUUUGAAAAUAAUGAAUUCAGAUCAAAGGUCGUUCAUCAUCAUCUAGUCAUUUUUAGUGGAUUCUCCAGUCAAUACGAGAAACAUGGUUUAAAUAAAGUCCUAUUAGUUGUAAUUUGGAGCCAUAAGGACCCAACAUUAUUUCGAGGAGGAGGAGAAUGUUGAGGAAUUUAAAGUCACAUAUAAUUCUUUUUUUUAAUCAGAAUCUAAAGUUGGAAUUUUCAAAAAAAAAAGGGGGAGGUGUUAUAUCCGAGUGGAGAUUAAAUUACAGGUAACUUCCGAGGACUAUUCAUGGACUAAUAUCCUAUAAAUAUUCUUGUUGUAUAACUAUUCAACAAUUACAUUAUGUAUAUUUGUAUCCCUCUUAUGACAAGCUUUAUUUUGGCCUAUAAUUUAUUAUUGUACGAUUUACGGUUCUUAAGUUAUGUUCAGUUUAUUACCUACUGCCUCCCACAUUCACAGCCACUUUUUGGGCUUAUUUGUGUACAAAUAUUAUUUCCUAUUUUAUGGUACGUUGCGGUCUGUAUGAUUGAUAUAUAAACCAAGUAUGCCUGAAAUAAACGAUCUGCUCUGAUUCGGAAGCUGGUAUCUUGUUCUGGACUCAAGUGGAAGGGCUCGUAGGACAUAGGACCAAUAAGGACGCUAAAGUGCCCACACCGGUUGAACGUCAUUGGUUGGCCUAGUGUGAAGAUUCGUAUAAGUCGUAUUCGGAUUGGUAGAUAAGUCGUGUGAUCGAAAAGUCAGACAUUCAAGGUCAUAACAAUU